AUGUCCUCCACAACAGUCAUCGAGACUUCCGAACAUACCAAAGCGGUUCAAGAUGAGACCUCGCAGAUGUUGCGGGCUGCCGAGAUCAGCCAUACAAAGCCACUAUGGAAACAGAUGAGCAGACUCAACCCGGCUCUGCCCAACCCACGAUGCAUUCCACACCUCUGGAAGUACUCUGACAUUCAGCCGACUCUCUUACAAGCGGGGCAUCUUGUUACCGAGUCCCAGGCCGAGCGCCGGGUGUUAAUGCUGGUGAAUCCAUCCCGAGAUGCACCCUUCACCACUGACACCUUGUAUGCCGGGCUUCAGCUGGUGAUGCCCAAUGAGACGGCCAAGGCUCAUCGGCACACUGCCUUUGCCAUGCGCUUCAUCAUUGAAGGAAACGGAGGCUUCACUGCGGUCCAUGGCAAGCGUAUCGCGAUGAACCGAGGAGAUGUCAUCCUCACUCCUACCUGGAACUGGCACGAUCAUGGGAAAGACGGAUCUGGCCCGAUGAUCUGGCUCGAUGGCUUAGACUUGCCCAACUUUACCCACUUUCCUGUACACUUCGUCGAGCAUUUCUCUUCGCCAAGGUAUCCCGCAGACGAUGUCGAUACUUCUCAGUCACCCAUUGUCUUCCCUUGGAGCCGAAUGAAGGCAUCGCUGGACUCCGAAGAGGGCCAAUAUGUCACACGAAGAUACCUGCGCGCCGACGGCUCUGAAGUCAGCAAGGUGCUGGGCGGCUGUGCAGCCCGCUUGGAUGCUGGUGCAACCUCGCCUCUAUUCCAGGAGACGGCAUCGUCAGUUUACCACGUGGUCGAAGGCUCUGGCCAGACACGCAUUGGAGACAAGGUUUUUGUCUGGAAGAAAGGAGAUACCUUUUGCAUUCCUUCGUGGUAUUGCUACCAGCAUUCUGCGGAUGAAGGACUUGGGUCUCCAGUAUACUUGUAUCGUUUUGAUGACACGCCAAUGCUUAAGAGCUUGGGGUUCUAUCGCUCCGCCGACAUGGACGUCGAGAAGCUUGUGUCGGCUUAG